UCUCCAAGCUGUCCCAGGAGCAAACCCUGGGUGCGUUGCGCUCCUCCAAGGAGCCCCUGGUCAUCCAGGUGCUGCGCCGCAGCCCUCGCCUCCGGGGAGACAGCUCCUGCCAGGACCUGCAGCUUGUGGACAGCGGCACACAAACGGACAUCACCUUUCAGCACAUCAUGGCGCUGGGCAAGCUACGCCCGCCCACCCCGCCAAUGGUCAUCCUGGAGCCGUACGUCCUUUCCGAGCUGGCCAAGGGCGGACCAUCCUGGGACCUGGCUACCGGGACCGCCAGGCCGAGCCCUCCCAUCAGCCAUGAGUAUUACGACCCUGCGGAGUUCAUGGAGGGCACCCAGCAGGAGGCCGACCGGCUGGAUGAGUUGGAGUAUGAGGAGGUGGAGCUGUAUAAGACCAGCCACCGGGACAAGUUGGGCCUGAUGGUGUGCUACCGCACAGACGACGAAGAGGACCUGGGCAUCUACGUUGGAGAGGUCAAUCCCGACAGCAUUGCUGCCAAGGAUGGCCGAAUCCGAGAGGGUGACCGUAUCAUCCAGAUUAACGGCGUGGCCGUGCAGAACCGGGAAGAGGCCGUGGCCGUCCUGAGCCAGGAGGAGAACACCAACAUCUCCCUGCUCCUGGCCCGGCCUGAGAGCGAGUUGACGAAGCGUUGGAAGGACAGUGACCGGGACGACUUUUUGGAUGACUUUGGCUCAGAGAAUGAGGGGGAGUCCCGGGCCCCGAAGCUGAAAUCACCCUCUGCCCAGGCCGUGAGUCGGAGUGAGGGCGAGAGGGAGCCAGGGGCCUCGGCCGGGCCUGACCCUGGACCGGCUGAGGAGAGGACCAAUGAGCCUGUCUCUCUGCCUCAGCUGGCCAAUGAGGAGGAAAAGGUGGCCCCGACCAGGGGCCCGGGCCUGAGCAACAGCCAGGAGCUGGAUAGCGGGGUGGGCCGGACUGACGAGAGCACGCGCAACGAGGAGAGCUCCGAGCAUGACCUCCUGGGUGACGAGCCCCCCAGCGCCACCAACACCCCUGGCAGCCUGCGCAAGUUUGGUCUCCAGGGGGACGCCCUGCAGAGCCGGGACUUCCACUUCAGCAUGGACUCUCUGCUGGCCGAGGGCGCUGGACUGGGCGCUAGUGACGUCCCAGGCCUCACUGAUGAGGAGUGCGAGCGUUACCGGGAACUGCUGGAGAUCAGGGGCCACCUGGAGAACGGCAACCCGCUGGGCCUGCUCUUCCCACGUGCUGCUGUUGGGCCCAGUGCCCUGGACGUCAAUCGCAAUGAAAGCCUGGGCCACGAGGUGGCCAUGCUGGAGGAGGAGCUGCGACACCUGGAGUUCAAGUGCCGUAACAUUCUGCGGGCCCAGAAGAUGCAGCAGCUGCGGGAACGCUGCAUGAAGGCCUGGCUGCUGGAGGAGGAAGGUCUGUAUGCACUGGGGGCCAGUGAGCCCCCGAAGCAUGAGCUCUCCGACAUCUCUGAGCUGCCCGAGAAGUCGGACCGAGACAGCACCAGCGCCUACAACACUGGGGAGAGCUGCCGAAGCACACCCCUGCUCACUGAGCCGCUGCCAGAGAGUCCCCUGCGCCGCGCCGCCUCCUCCAGCAACUCCAACCUGAACCGGACUGUGGCCAGCGUACCUGGCCCCACCCCAUCGAAAGCGGCCACCACGCAAGGGAGUCCUGCCAAGUUCCGCUCCCUGUCCCGUGAUGCCGAUGUGGGCCGGAGACAGCACUCGGAGGAGCGGGUUCGCUGCAGUCCCAAGAGUGGGGCUACCCUGGAGCGAGUGGGCCCUGAGGGCAGCCCCUACCUUUCCCGGCGCCCCCGUGCCCAGGGCCAGGAGGGCGAGCAUUUCCACUGUGGCACACUAUCCUCUGCUCGGGGUCUAGGGGAGCUGGCCCAGGGUCCCCUGACCUUGGCAGGCAGCCCGCGGGUGCCCACUGUGGCCCCGGGCUCUGAAGCCCCUCGUAUGGAGUGGAAGGUGAAGGUGCGCAGUGAUGGGACCCGCUACGUGGCCAAGCGGCCGGUGCGUGACCGGCUCCUGAAGGCCCGUGCUCUGAAGAUCCGCGAGGAGCGCAGUGGCAUGACGACCGACGACGAUGCGGUGAGUGAGAUGAAGAUGGGCCGCUACUGGAGCAAGGAGGAGCGCAAGCAGCACCUGAUCCGCGCCCGCGAGCAGCGCAAGCGGCGUGAGCUCAUGAUGCAGAGCCGCCUGGAGUGCCUGCGGGAGCAGCAGGGCGGCGAUGGCAAGGCCGAGCUCAAUAUCAUCGCCCUCAGCCACCGCAAGACCCUGAAGAAGCGGAACAAGAAGAUCCUGGACAACUGGAUCACCAUCCAGGAGAUGCUGGCCCAUGGGGCUCGCUCGGCCGACGGGAAGAGGGUCUACAACCCUCUGCUCUCGGUCACCACUGUCUGAGCCUCAUCGCCAGUGUCAAUGCAGACUGCCCUGACCCUUCCAGCGGCUAGUGUGGUCGACACAGGGCCACGUGCAUCUGAGGUCACGGCCGUGUGCACAACAUGAUGGGACGUGCAGCUGCAGAGGAAGCCGUGCAGGACUGUUGGGCCAAGCGGCCAUCCCACCCCUAGGAGCCUUGGUGAUUGGUAGACAGAGUGUCCCCAGUUUUGUGGUUUCCUGCCCUUUCUGUGCUUGCUGAUAGUUGUUUUUGUUUUGUGGACUUGCGCUGGGGGUUGGCCACCUGACCGCGUGUGGCCCCCGCCCAGUGAGGCUGGGAAGA